UCAAUCCUCAAACAAAAACUCACACUUCUUCUACAAAUCAUACAACAAUCAAAACAUCUUCCAAAAGAAAAUGGCAUCACACAAGCAGAGCUACAGAGCCGGUGAAGCCAAAGGCCAAGCUGAGGAAAAAACCGGUCAGAUGAUGGACAAAACCAGAGAGGCGAAAGACGAGACCGCCAGUUACUUGUCGAACAAGGCGGCUGCAGCGAAGGAGAAGGCGGGGGAGAUGGGACAGGCGACAAAAGAGACGGCGGAAGCGGGGAAAGAGAAGACGGGUGGCGUGGUGCAGCGGACGACUGAGCAAGUGAAGAGCAUGGCUCAGGGUGCAGCUGAGAAGGUGAAGCAGACCUUUGGAAUGGCGGGUGAGGAGGAGGAUGAGGACUUUGGUGGGACUGUUGCUCCUACCACUACAACUACGACUAGGAGGAACAACUGAUGGCAUGGUUGUUGGUUAUUUUGUUGUUUGUGUUUUUUAGUUAAUAAUAAUAAGGUGAAUGUCGUUGUUGUUUUAUGUAAUGGCAUUGUGCUUUGAUGUUG